UCCUUGUAGAUUAUUUGAACGAGCGUGACCCCAGUACUUGGUCGUACAUAGAUUUCUUAACUUUAAACCGUACCGCUAUUGUAAAUUUACUACCGCAUUUGGACAAGCAGGAAGGCCUUGAUGGCGCGUGGACCAAACGAUUCCUGCUAGCUGUAAAAGAAAUUAGCCCAGAGUCAGCUGACGAUGUGGAAGGGAAGGUGAUCCUGGAGCAUACCAAGUCCAACUUGUGUUCCUUUUGGCAAGAAGUGAUCAUUGAAAGACUACAGCGUAAAAUUCAAAGUAAUUAUGAUAUGGAAACCCUUUAUACGUAUGAUGAAUCGAGUAAAUUUUAUGGAAAACAGUUUCGCUUACCCUACACUGGUCAGACUAUUGAGGCAACGUCCUCGCAACAUCGUUCUAGAAAUGGAGAGGAAAUAUCGGACAAUUAUGAAUUAGAGAAUGACGAUAAUAACCGGAAAAGACGUUCAAUGGAGAAAGACCAAGAGGAAAAAAGCAAACGUCGAAACGUGUCACAAAACAUUGGUCAUAUUACAACGAUUGAUGUUACGGAUGUGGAUGAAGAGUCAGAUUAUAGUGAAACCGAAGACUCAUGUGAAAUGCUUGAUUUUACAGAAUUCGAUGAAUCUUAUAUAGCGAUGGAUCCCGAAAAAAUGUGGGAGCUAAAAUCUGGACGAAAAGUUGAGGAAAUAAUUUAUCAGUACGCAAGAAAAUUACACAAAGAAUCAUGUCUACAUUCAUUCAUCCUAAACGACACCGACAAAAACGCCAAAACAAUAUUUUCAAAGGAAGAAUGGAAAGAGAUUUUCUCAACUGAUGUUCAAAAGAAGCCGGAGAUUGAAGCUCCACUACUUGAAUUGAUUAAAAAAUAUACCCUUGAUAACGUAAAUGAUUUGAGGAAAUCUCCCUACAGCCAUUCAGGAAUGCUUUUCUUGUGGGAAAUGGAGGAUAGUUUUACUUCGGAUCAAUCAAAGCUGGAAGGUUGGUACCAACUUAACGUAUGGAGCAAAAUGAUUGAUCCAGCUUUUUAUGAUGUGAAGUUUGAGUUAGUAAGGGGUGAGGGUAUGAGCUUCGCCUCGAGUGACAGAAAAAAUGACGGUAAGAUGGCUUCUGAUCGCAAGAAAAUAGGGAGAAAGGGGGACGGAAUUUUCAGAAUCACAACAGAUCGCAUGGAACUUGGAGCUGUAGAAGCUGGUCGCAAAUGGGAGGGAUUAAAUGGGACGAAAUAUUUGAAGGAUAGUCUAAAGUUGAAUAAGAUGCUAAAAGACAUGAUUACAAAACUUAUUUCCGAGUGUAAUCAUAAUAUUUUUAGACAAUUGCAAGUUAUUGGAAUACUAAAUGGGGGAAAUCGAUUGCAAACGAUUAUAAUGGACGCACCAAGGGGAUAUAUUUGCCGUGUCAAACGUGGAAAAAUUCACGAAGUUAAUGGUCGUUUAACAAAGAUACAGCCAUUAGGUUUCGUUAUCAAAGAAAUUUUACGUGCUAAAGCAAUAAUUGUGAAGACUUUAGACUUGAUCAGCAAUGAUAAAUUAAACGAUUUGUUCAAUGAUACUGACGAUGAUGAUUACGAUGACAUCGAGAAUAAUCUAGAAAAGCCCAGAAGCUCCACACCACCUCCUACUUUCCCUAAAACGUUCUCCACACCCCGCACUUCAAAGACGGAAAAUAAACUAAAAAAAUGA